UAGGUUAGUGGUCCGACAGGCAUGACGGCGAAGAGAAACUGGGUCACCGAUUGAAAAUCGUUUAUGUCACAGUUCUCCGUGUUGCUAUCACAUAUUACGAGCGAGUUUCAAUGGACAGACGGACUUUAUCGCACACGUUAGGCGGAAGAUUCCUCCAUCAAUUUGGGUCCAAAGUCUGUUGAUGAAGAAAUAAGAUGACUCCUCAGUACUAGACGUUUGGACAACUCGGUCCUAAAACAUAAGGGAAUUAUGUUUUAGGAUUAUGUUUUGACGCUGUCAAAGCUUUCAAGAUUUAUUGAGAAUGCAGAGAGGCCAGACCAGUUGCAUAAGGAUCAGAUCAUAUUAAGGCAAACCACAUCAAAGUGGAUGAAAGUAGGUCAGACUGAAUCGAACCAGACUCGGAGCAGAUCAGAACAAAGUGGACCAGACUGAUCCAGACGACACCGGGCGUGUCCAGGAAGCCUGUUCAAGUUUCCUUUCCAGUUGAGGGCUCAAGAGUGGAUGGAAGGAGAUGAUUUUAAUACAGAGGCUGUGAUGAACAUCUGUGAUGACCUGAUGGCAGACCAGCGGAUGGACAUCUCGUCUACAAUGACUGACUUCAUGUCCCCCAGCUCCACUGAUCUCAUCUCCAGCUCCAUCAGCACGCCUGGCAUGGACUACAACCGCAAGAGGAAAGGCAGCAGCACGGACUACCAAAUUGAUGGCUUCUCAUUUGAUGACAUGGAUUCAGAUAAGGAUAAACUGGGGAGUGACCACCAGGGCAGGAUUAAGAAUGCCAGAGAGGCUCACAGUCAGAUUGAGAAACGUCGGAGAGACAAGAUGAACAGCUUCAUCGACGAGCUGGCCUCUCUUGUGCCCACUUGUAAUGCAAUGUCCCGCAAACUGGAUAAGCUCACAGUCCUGCGUAUGGCGGUGCAGCACAUGAAGACACUCAGAGGUGCGGCUAACCCAUACACAGAGGCAAACUACAAACCUUCCUUUCUGUCAGAUGAUGAACUGAAGCAUUUGAUACUAAGGGCUGCUGAUGGUUUCCUGUUUGUGGUCGGCUGCGAUCGUGGCAAAAUCCUUUUUGUUUCCGAAUCUGUGUACAAGAUUCUGAACUACAGCCAGAAUGACCUGAUAGGUCAGAGUCUGUUUGACUACCUUCACCCCAAGGACAUCGCUAAAGUCAAAGAACAGCUGUCGUCCUCAGAUACAGCGCCACGAGAGAGACUUAUUGACGCUAAAACCGGUCUUCCUGUGAAGACGGAUAUCACUCCCGGUCCAUCUCGACUCUGUUCUGGAGCCAGACGGUCGUUCUUCUGCAGGAUGAAGUGCAACAGACCUUCUGUCAAAGUAGAAGAGAAAGACUUCCCCUCCACUUGCUCCAAGAAGAAAGCUGACCGGAAGAGUUUCUGCACCAUCCACAGCACAGGGUACCUAAAGAGCUGGCCACCCACAAAGAUGGGGCUGGACGAAGACAACGAGCCCGACAAUGAGGGCUGCAACCUGAGCUGCCUGGUGGCCAUCGGCCGCCUACACCCCCACAUCGUCCCCCAGCCGAGCCCAGCCGACAUCAGGGUGAAGCCCACAGAAUACGUCUCCAGACACGCCAUUGACGGCAAGUUUGUCUUUGUCGACCAGAGAGCAACAGCUAUCCUCGCCUACCUGCCCCAAGAGCUGCUCGGAACCUCCUUCUACGAAUAUUUUCACCAGGAUGACAUCAGCCACCUGGCCGAGUGUCACAGACAAGUGCUGCAGAUGAGAGAAAAGAUCAACACCAACUGUUACAAAUUCAAAAUCAAAGAUGGCUCCUUCAUCACGUUGAGGAGCAGAUGGUUCAGCUUCAUGAACCCCUGGACCAAGGAGGUGGAGUACAUCGUUUCUACUAACACGGUCGUAUCGUGUCCGAUAAUGGAAGGGUCGGAUUACCCUCAGUCGGCUGCGUCUCCGCAGAGCAUGGACAGCGUUCUAACCUCAGAGGGUGGGGGGAGACGGGCUUUGCAGACCGUUCCCGGCAUCCCGGGCGGCACGAGAGCGGGAGCUGGGAAGAUCGGACGGAUGAUAGCGGAGGAAGUGAUGGAGAUUCAGAGGAUUCGAGGUUCAUCUCCUUCCAGCUGUGGUUCCAGCCCUCUGAAUAUAACCAGCACCCCUCCGCCCGACACCUGCUCACCGGGGGGCAAGAAGAUUCAGAACGGUGGGACCCCUGAGCUGCCGAGCACAGGGCUAAUCCCUGGACCUGAUUCUGUGGGCUACCCUUACUCCAACCAGUCCAUCAUGAGUGACAAUUCCCACCUGAGCAUAGAUAUUAUGGACGAGCCCGGCUCCAGCAGCCCCAGCAACGACGAGGCGGCCAUGGCGGUCAUCAUGUCCCUGCUGGAGGCGGACGCCGGCCUCGGCGGCCCCGUCGACUUCAGCGACCUACCUUGGCCUUUGUGAGGAAUCCGGAAGGGAAGAUCUGGAGCCACUGAUGGAGAGAGUUCGGUCAUUCAGAUUUUUUUUUUCUUGAUUUUUUUUUUUUUUUUCUUUUUGUCCCACCAUCCUCUACCGGAUCUCCUGUUUCCUGCCAUCUGUACACAACUACACGGAAAAGAGAGAGAGAGGAAAAAAAAAAAAGAGUGGCGUCUUGAAAAAGAGUAUUUUGAGUCUGUAAAUACUGAAGAUUUUUAUUCCCAGAAGAGUUGUUGUCUCCAGUUCAGGCUGGACGGUUGUUUAGACUUUCACGCCCACUCUUUUGAUUCAUCAUUCCCCGUAGGUGGGCCUGACAAACCGUUGGGGGGGGGGGGGGGGGGGUUCAAAGCGCCCCAAAACGACGCAUCAUUUUUCCGGUGCUGGUGGCCUGCAGAUCGGGCGCCUCGUCAGGCGGGCGCGGCGAGAAGCAGAGUCGUCCAGAUCAUGGAAGCAUACGUUACAGAACUGUGGUGCUAACAUGAGGAUGCUCCUUCUCCGACUGACCCCUGUCCAACAGUGGCUCUGGGACACCUCCACUCCCACCACCACCACCACCAACAAACACAGGUCAACAACCAAUCCCGCACCUUCUCCCAGGAAAAUGACCCACCCAGGACUCCUGACGCGUUCAAAGACUGCAGUUUGUUGUGGGAUCAAGUGUCGUUCAGUGGGGAACGCUUGAUUUCCGCUCCACGCUGCGGUCAUUUAUGUCCAGGUUUCCCUGUAACUGUGCACAAAUGAAGCGCCCGCCCUCUAAAGACUGCUGUUCCAGCCAGCUGGAAGCAAACUUAAAUCGAUUUGAAAGUUUACUCUGAAUAAGCUAGGUGCAGUUUUAGUUUUGGGCAUCAUUUCUUAAAAAGCCGCCUUGCUGACGUUUCCUGAACUAAUACGUACGUAAAAAAAGGGAUUUCUCCCCAACUAUUCUGCCUUCGAUUUGACAAACGGAUGAGAAACAGAACAUUUAACCCAACACAGCCUGCAGUGCUUCACGUGGAACGUAAUGAAACGGUGAUAAAAAAAACAAAAAAAAAACCAUAAAUUGAUAUCCUAGAAUCGAUGUGGCUCAGCAGACGUCGUAACAGGUCCCCCAAAACACAAUGGAAGCCAGUCCUUCGAUGCUUUUUCAACGUUUUAAAAGCUCUGCUAAAGUCACGAGGUUGUCACGUCUCCCUCCAGUCAGGCCCUCCAACGUCGUCACCCUCCGGCCUCAAAGAUUUGGUUGUAGCUCAGGUGCAAUAGUUUUAUUCCAGGUGAAGCAAUUAUAUGUUGAUUUGGACUCAUUUGUCGGUGUGACGCGGAGGAAUGACAUCCUCCUUCAUAAACCUGAAGGGGACUUGUGAAGACCUACUGCUACCGCUACUGUUUCAGCCAUCAGAAGGCCGCAGCGCUGCUUUCCAAAGUGCUGCAGCAAAGAAACAGACCUUAAUCCAAUAACAAGCUUUAUAGAGUCAGGGUUUUUUUUAUAUAUCUAUAUUUGUAUUUUAACUCUUUUUAAGAGUAAUAGACUAUGGGUCACAGGGUUUGCUCUCUCACAUCCUCCAUCUGCUCUAAAGAAGCACUUCAGGCUGUAUGUGAGGAAACUCUGUUCUGUUCGACGGAUUUUGGCUCAAACUUCGUUCAUAACCUUCCUGAUGAAACAACUUUAGUUUGUGAAGUUAAAAGAAAAAGCAGUUCACCGUCUUAAAUUCGAUCAAUUUGACUCCUAAAAGUGAGCUGAUGUUGCGUUGGCUGCACUGUGCUGUCAAUCAAACUACCUGCUGAUUGAGACUGAUCCAAUCGGUGAUCAAUAACCACCACCGUUACAGACGGCCGCCUAGAGCCUCUGAGUAAAGUUUUGGUGUCUGUUUCUCUGCUCCAUCGUGACGGCUGUCUUCAACGUCGCCUCGCCAGAUCACACGCAGCCACCGAGACGGGUUUAUUUUACGUAGAAGAGGUUCGAGUAUCUUGACACCUGCCUGUGUGGGGGAAAAAACAAAAGUGGAUUCUGCAAAUAAACGUGGCUUAUUUCUGGAAAGCAUUGAACAUAGAAUAUUAAAGGCUUUUAUUUUUUUAAGUAUUCUGAUAGUAUUAUUUAAACUAGAUUUUUCCCCUUUCCCCUUAUUUUUAAUGGGAUUAUUUAAACUAAGAAAUGCUAAAUACUGUGGAAGCCUGCUUUUUAAUUCAAAAGAGGACUUUACGACAUGCACAGCACUGAACACAGUAAAUACUGUUCAGUUUUAGAUAGUGGAGAAUGUUUUUUUUUGAUUAUUUAUUAAUUUUUUUCCUCAUCGUUUGGCAAUUUUGGUCCGGCUUUAGCUGGAAAUUUCGGAGCAACGUGUUUAUCUGUACGUCAGAGUCAGGAUUACACAGUUGCUUUGACAACGUUAAGUUUGUUUUUGUUUUUUAGAUGAAAAUUAUACUCUGCUGUCAGAAAACUGUGCCUUGCAGACAUAGUCAUACCCCAUUGACUUCAGUCACAUUUUGUCUGGCUCCAAAUAUUUUUUUCAAAUAGAAAUCCGAUGAGGGGUAAAUUAAUCUCAGACGAAUCAAUACUUCUUUUUUUUUUUUUUUGUCCGCAGAUUCUUAAUGGAAAGAAUUGAGUUAUAGCUCCGGCUCCAUGUUGGUGAAUCUCGGCUCUUUCGUCAAUCCUCCUGAAGGUUUUCCUUCAGUGUUUCAAUAUUUAUUUCUGUAUGGCUUUCUUCAACAAUGAAACCAGGUUUAAUGUGACAAGGGAUAUAAAAUGAUGGCUCCAAUAUCUCUCAGUGCAAAGACAUUUGGUUAUCCUGCUUAGAGCAGCAGUUUGGUGUCCAAGCGGUUUUUGGAAGUAAAAUAAAUGAAACUGCGGUUUAGUAGUGUGUUUUUACAAUUAUGAGCUCUUAUUUUUGUUUGUUUUGCUCAUUUGUCUGCAUUGCUUAUGAAAACACUGUAAAUAAAAAUCAACGGAUAGCAAUGGUUUAAGAACACGGUUAAAUAAUAGAGAUACAAAUUGGAGAAGGGACAAAUUUUCCCAGAUCACUGAAAAAUAAUUGCAGAAAAUUAAAACGGGGGGCGGGGGGUUCUUUUUCUUCUUCUAGGUGUUCAUGUUACCCUGCAGUUUCAAAAUAUUUGUUUUACCGGUACUGUAAAAUGUAUUGCUUCAUAAUUGAAGCCGUGGAGGCGACCAAAACGCAACAUUUACCCAGAAGCGGGGAGCCGUCCUCUGGAACGAUUCAUACAGUGCAUAGCACUUAUUUUUAUGGUCAAAUUAAAACAUUCCUCUUUAAAUGCUUUUACCUUUUAGAGCCAGCAGUAACCCUUCAAGUUAUUUAUCUCAAGAUUAUCCAGGUUUCAUCUACUGCCAACAUUGUUCUAUGAUUAAAAUAUGGCAUCCAGGCUUAUACAAUCUGAUGCAGAUGAGUCACAAGCGUAAUUUUUUCAUGCAGGCGGUACGUUUUGAUGCCUAACUCUGAAACCCUCGCAGUUCUUGUAAGUUUGUUUUUUUUUGUUUGUUUGUUUUUUGUUUUUUUUUAAAUACCCGUUCCUCCCUCCAAUCAGAGAGCAGCUGGCGAGGCGCCCUCCGUUUCUGUCCCACUCGGUUUCUGAUUCAGUGUUUGUACUCUACACACUACAGGAAAGUGUUUCCCUUUGUUUAUAUUACUCUCCCCACCUGACAAUAAUGUAUCAAAUCUUUAAAUAUUAUCAUGUUAAGAGUAUACUUUAUGCAAAUAUAUAUGAGUAUGAUGAGUGUGUUGUAUGUAUCAGCAGUGAAAUAUUUUUAAAAUAAAAAAAAUUAUUUGUUUCUGUCAUA